AUGCAGGCCGGAGAUACAACGGUUAGAGACAGCAGCGAUGAACUCGCUAUGGAAUUGCAACUGCGAGAAGAGAAGACCUACCAAGCAACUGACGAAAGCAAAAAGGAAAUCACAAUAGCACUGAACGUAUGGAAGCAAUCACUGGAGACAGAAAGUAGAAGAUUGCAAGAGGUAUUGCCAGCUGUGCAAAAGAGGUAUGAAGCUCUGGUGAAGCAAAGAGAUGAGCUCGUUGAAAACGUGAACAAACUCAGAAGGGCACUAAACCUUGCACCGUACCCCCCUGGGGAGAUAUUGGAUCUAGACGACGUGAAGACAGCUACGUCGUUCUCAAUGGAUUCGGUUGAAGACUUCUCCAGUGUAUCCACCUGCUCCUCUCUACCUACUUCACAAGUCAACAACAACCAGAGUGAAAAACCUCAAUGA